UAGGUCAUCAAAACCGUCUUAGAAUUAGGUCUUGAAAACCGUCUUAGAAUUCAAAGAAGAAGAACAACAACAAUGCUCCCUCAAAAAAGAAGAACAUCAGAGCAGAAUCUCAUCGGAAAAUCACUGACAAACCUCACCAACGUUUCUCUGAACAUCACCAAACACUUGUUAUCCAAUCAAAAACUCAAUGAAAAGAACGUUGUGUUUUCACCAUUAUCGCUCAACACCGUACUCAUUAUGAUCACUGCCGGCUCCGAGGGUCCCACACAAAACCAACUUCUCUCCUUCCUCCAGUCUGAAUCCACCGGUGAUCUCAAAUCCUUAUGCUCUCAGCUUGUUUCUUCUGUGCUCUCCGAUGGCGCUCCCGCCGGUGGUCCUUGCCUGUCUCACGUCAAUGGUGUGUGGGUUGAACAAUCACUUCCUCUUCAACCUUCCUUCAAACAACUCAUGACUACUGAUUUCAAAGCGACUCUUGCUGCUGUUGAUUUCAUCAACAAGGCUGAUGAAGUGAUAAAAGAAGUGAAUUUAUGGGCUAAUAAGGAGACAAAGGGGUUUAUUAAUGAUCUUCUUCCACGCGGGUCAGUUGACAGCUUAACCAGCCUCAUCUUUGCGAAUGCACUAUACUUCAAAGGAGUUUGGAAACGACCGUUUGAUACUUCAAAAACGAAGGACUAUGAUUUUGACCUUCUCAAUGGCAAGUCAGUAAAGGUUCCCUUUAUGACCAGCAAGAAUAAUCAGUUUAUCAGUUCUUUUGAUGGUUUUAAAGUCCUUGGUCUUCCUUACAAACAAGGCAAUGAUAAGCGUGCAUUCUCUAUUUACUUUUUUCUUCCUGACGAAAAAGAUGGGUUGUCAGCUUUGAUUGAUAAAGUAGCUUCUGAUUCUGAGUUUUUGGAACAGAAACUUCCUCGUAAUCAAGUCAAAGUAGGCAAGUUCAUGAUUCCAAGAUUCAAUAUUUCUUUUGAGAUUGAAGCUUCUGAGUUAUUAAAUAAAUUAGGAUUGACUUUACCUUUUUCGAAGGGAGGUUUGACAAAAAUGGUGGACUCUCCUAUAAGUCAAGAACUUUCUGUUACCAGCAUAUUUCAGAAGUCUUUCAUUGAAUUAAAUGAAGAAGGUACGAUAGCUGCAGCGACAGCCCGUGGCAGUACAGGCGGCGCUGCUCCAUUUCGUCUCCCUCCGCCCCCUCCAAUCGACUUUGUUGCUGACCACCCUUUUUUAUUUCUGAUCAGAGAAGAGUUUAGUGGAACCAUACUCUUUGUUGGAAAGGUGGUCAAUCCUCUUGAUGGUUGAUUGUUGAAUUCCAUAGUAUCUCAAAUAUGUUUUCUAAAUAACCCAUUUUCAUAUUUUGAAAUACAU